UUGACAGAAUCUUAUUUUCUUCUUCGAAAUCCCAGAAAACAGAAAACAGCAGGAAGAUGUCUUAUUGGAAAAUAUCCCCAACAAUUUCGCCAUGAGUCAAACAGGGAAGAACAAUUCCUCAGAAGGAGAAACUAAGCCCCAGACUUCAUUUGUCAACACAUUUCUCAGGGGCUCCAAAGCUGAAAGCAGAGAAGAGAAAAAUGAUCUUCAAACAACCGAUUUCCAGCCGGGUGACUGGAUACAGAAGACAGCCACCUCAGACACUGCUAAGCCUCUGAGUUCAGAAAUGGAACUGAGAUCCAGUAUGGAGGAAAAUGAGCGGUUCCUGCAGAAGCUGGGCAAAAAGACUGUCGACAAGUGUCUAGAUUUGAAUAACUGCGGAUUAACAACGGCAGACAUGAAAGAAAUGGUUGCCUUGCUGCCUUUUCUCCUGGACUUAGAAGAACUGGAUAUCUCCUGGAAUGAUUUUGUAGGUGGAACCCUCCAUUCCAUCACUCAGCAAAUGCAUCUGGUCAGCAAAUUAAAAAUCCUGAGGCUGGGUAGCUGCAGACUUACCACUGACGACAUUCGAGCACUGGGAGAAGCACUCGAGAUGACUCCUGAACUUGAGGAGCUAAAUUUGUCUUGGAACAGUAAAGUGGGAGGAAGUUUGCCUCUGAUCCUUCAGAAGUUCCAAAAAGGGAGCAAGAUACAAAUCCUGGAGCUUGUGGAUUGCGCCCUCACGUCAGAAGAUGGGGCAUUUCUGGGUCAAGUGCUACCUAUGCUGGAAAGUCUUGAAGUACUUGAUCUUUCCAUGAAUAGAGACAUUGGUGGCAGUCUAAACAGUAUUGCUCAGGGAUUAAAAAGUACCUCAAAUCUGAAAGUACUGAAGUUACAUUCAUGUGGAUUGUCACAAAUGAGUGUCAAAAUAUUGGAUGUUGCUUUUAGGUACUUGAGUGAGCUAAGGAAAUUAGAUCUUUCCUGCAAUAAGGAUCUAGGUGGAGGUUUUGAAGACUCACUGGCUCAGGUGGUCAUGCUAAAGCAUCUGGAAGUCCUAGAUCUUCACCAGUGCUCACUAACAGCCGAUGACGUGAUGUCACUGACCCAGGUCAUUCCUCUACUCUCAAAUCUUCAAGAAUUGGAUUUAUCAGCCAACAAAAAGAUGGGCAAUUCUUCUGAAAACUUACUCAGCAGGCUCCGAUUUUUACCAGCAUUGAAGUCAUUAGUCAUCAACAACUGUGCUUUGGAGAGUGAGAGUUUUAUAGCUCUCGCUGAAGCCUCCGUUCACCUCUCUGCUCUAGAAGUAUUCAACCUUUCUUGGAACAAGUGUGUUGGUGGCAACUUGAAGCUGCUUCUGGAAACACUAAAGCUUUCCACGUCUCUUCAAGUGCUGAGGCUGAGCAGCUGUUCCCUAGUGACAGAGGACGUGGCUCUCCUGGCAUCGGUUAUACAGACAGGUCAUCUGGCCAAACUGCGAAAGCUGGACCUGAGCUAUAAUGACAGCAUCUGUGAUGCAGGGUGGACCAUGUUCUGCCAAAAGGUGCAGUUCCUCAAAGAGCUAAGCGAGCUGGAUAUUAGCCUUCGACCAUCAAAUUUUCGAGAUUGUGGACAAUGGUUUAGACACUUGUUAUGCACUGUGACCAAACUUCCUCAGAUCACUGAGAUAGGAAUGAAACGAUGGAUUCUUCCAGCUUCGCAGGAGGAGGAACUAGAAUGGUUUGACCAAGACAGAAAAAGAAGCAUUCACUUUGACCAUGGUGGGUUUCAGUAAGCUGAUUUCCCAUUGUCCUACUAAGCUACAAAUCAUUCUCCAAAGGAAAAGAACAUGAACAAAUUGCAGUGUCAUCAACUGAAUAUCAACUUCGGAGCCGUUUAAUGGGACUUCUAUUAAAGAGCUUUGUAGAUCUAUGUAUAUAAUAUCUAAUGUGAACAUGCCAUUAUUCUCUGUCUUAUGAUACAAAAAUGGCAUUUUUCAAUAGAUUUGUUUUGGAUAUAUAAUUAGUUCCUUUACUGUUUAGAAGCCUUGCAAAAAGUGUUUAGAUUCUGGUACUGCAACCGUUUUUCUCUUGCCCAGAAAUGUUUUGCCUUCUCUUUUCCUACAAGUUAAGUGUUCUAAAUAUAAGUGUGUGUGUGUGUGUGUGUGUGUAAUUCUAACGUGAAAUAGUUAAUUACACUAGCUAAUAGUUUCAUGUAUCAUUACUGUUAUUGUAUGUAUCAUAAUGUGGUCUAUGUAGGUUUUUAUCUGAAAGCGUCCCUUCUAUGGUUUAUUAUUUUAUGUUCCAGUGCAUUUUAUUUCAGAUAUAAACCAUGGACAGUAAUGAUAGUCACUGACUUAUAAAUCUUAGUAAAAAGUAGUUAAAAAUUUAAAACUCAGUGUGAAAAAUACGUCUUGUUAGAAGAAAUUAAAACCUUUAAUGUUUAAAAAGACAAACUGUUUACAUAUUGCCUCUAGGCAUUUCUUUGAAAUGGAAUUUGCCUCAUCAAACUUCUUUAGUUCAUUAAUGACAGUUUCUGUGUUGCUCUAAACUGAAAUUUUUGAUUUUCUUUUGCUAUAGCAUGAAUGUCAUUGCAUGGCAGAGAUGUUUGUCUACACAUUUCUAUUCUGACAUGCUGUACUCAAAUUAUGUUUUGCUUUCUUCUUACUACACUAAUAAUUAGUAUUGUAAUCACUGCCUGAAAGACAUGCAAAUUUAAAAUCAACACUACUCCAAAUUUAAAAGUGUUCAGGAUGAGGAAGUUUUGAAUGCUAUAAAAGGGAAUACUUUGGACUGCAUGAUAUAAAAGAAUACCAUGAAUUCCCUGGGCGCUCCCAUGAUUUCCAUGAGUAUCUAUGCAGAUGCAAAACCUAUGCAUGAAUGUUCCCUGGCAGCUUUGUUAAUAAUAGCAAAAAGACUGGAAACAAUGAGUAAAAUGUUAAACAAGCUGUGGGACUAUGCAGUACUCCUCAGUCACAGAAGGGAACAAACCACUGAUACAUGCCACCAUUUGGAUAGACUUCAAGUGGAUCAUGCUGAAUAAAAAAGCCAAUCUGAGUU